CCCCCGGUACCGGUCCUGCCUCGCCGCCCACCUCCCUCCCUCCCUCCGUCCCGGGGCGAUGUCCGCGGGCUCCGGGAGCGAGGCGGAGGAGCUGCCCGACAUGGACCUGCGGGCGCUGCAGCUGGACUACCCGCCGCCGGCCAAGCGGCAGCCCCGCGGCCAGCUCUACCCGUCGGGGGACAACUCCUCGGCGGCGGAGGAGGAGGAGGACGAGGAGGAAGAGGAGGACGAGGAGGAGGAGGACGGCGAGGGCGCGGCGGGGCCGGCGGGCAGCGGCUGCAAAAGGAAGCGGGCGCGGGGCGGCGGCCCCGGGGGCAAGAAGGCGGUGUCGGGGCCGCGGGGGCCGCCGCCCGAGGGGAAGCAAUCGCAGCGCAACGCGGCCAACGCGCGGGAGCGGGCGCGGAUGCGGGUGCUGAGCAAGGCGUUCUCCCGGCUGAAGACGAGCCUGCCCUGGGUGCCGCCCGACACCAAGCUCUCCAAGCUGGACACUCUGCGCCUGGCGUCCAGCUACAUCGCCCACCUCCGGCAGCUCCUGCAGGAGGAUCGCUACGAGAACGGCUACGUCCACCCCGUCAACCUGACUUGGCCAUUUGUGGUUUCGGGAAGACCUGACUCCGACACCAAAGAAGUUUCUACUGCCAGCAGAUUAUGUGGAACUACUGCAUAGUCAAAGUAAAUUGGUUUGGUUUGUUGUUGUUGAUGAUCUGUUUUUUAUGGGCGGGAUAUUUUUAAUAGCUGUGAUUUAUCAGCUCAAGGCUAGAAGAUGGGGGCAACCCCUCAUCUCUAAUAGUGUUGAAUCUGUGUCCAGUCAUUCUUUUCCCUUAGAACCCUGAGGGAAGUUUAUUUAAAGCAGUAGAGAAAGGGAGGCGGUGGAAAUUAGAGUUUUUAUGAACUGACUGCAGCAAAUGAAGUCUGGGACUUGGAAAGGCCCUUCUUUGGCUUCAUCGUUCUUACCACUGCCUGAGGAACUGUUGUUAUGAGGUUUAUAAACUAAUGGAAGAGGAAUAUAAUGAUGUAGAAUUAACAGCAUGGACCAAAAUACAACCUUACAAACUAACCCCAAACAGUGUUAUUUGUACUUUAAAGCAAAGCAGUAUUUUAGAUUAGCUUUGAAACUCAAAUAGAUUUAUAAUAUAUUUUGAUGGCUUUUGUAUUCACGGAUCCAGUUUGCUGCAACUCUGCAAUAAGUGUAGUCAUACUUCUUUUUUUGUCUUUUUAACCAAAGUUUUCCUAAAGACAUGUUCGUGGCUACAUUUUACAUUUAAGCUACCAUCCAUUGGAAUUAAACUAAUUCCUUUGGCUUUGUCUCAAAAUGCCACAUGUAAGAAUGAGGAACUGUCACCAAAAAUAAGGCAGAGUUUCUGUGCCUUAAUCUGGAACGGAGUUCUGCAGGGGGUCUGUAGAGGCAGGGGGUAUGUUGUAAAGAACAAAUUUGUAUGAUGCUGCAAAAGAACAACAAUUCACAAUGUUUUAAACACUUUUCCUGUACUGUCAUGCUUAUCUUUGAAAGGUGAACCCUUAAAUGAGUUCUAGUGACAUUUCUUCACUGACUCAAAUGCUGUAAUAAAAGAGGAUGCCGUCAAAUAAGUUGCAAAUGUAAAUAACUCUAUUUUUUUAUAAAUGACAUUAAAAGCUUGGUUACAAUGACUUACUGGUACUGUCAUAGUGUGCGUGGCUGCAUCAUUAUAGGAAUGUCUUUGUAACACAUGUUCUUGAAACCCACUUUUGUAAGCACAGUUCUCUUCUUCAUCUCUUAAGAGCAGAUACAUCUGCAACAACAGAGUCAGAUAAGAACAGUUUCACCCCAAACAAUUCACGUGAGGGUAAGGUACUAU